AUGAAGCUCGCGGCGCUGGACGCGGAGGCCCAGCACCAAGUGCCUCCCAGAGGAGCGACUGGGUAUGCGAAAUACUCCACAGAUCAUCGAGGAGAUAAAUCCCAAACGAUCAGCCUUCAAUUCACAAACUCUCGACGGGCGUCCAACAACGAAACUCAAGAAAAGCGUCGCGCGGGUGGCCCUCGGGUAGGGAGUGUGUUUCUUAUCGGGUGGUCCGAGCGUCCUGAUAAUCGGUCCGCCGCAAAAGAUUUCUCCGUCCAAUUUUCUCUCCGUCAAAAAGUCCCUCCAAGCCUUGAAUUCACCACCAUGGCGAAAGGGAAAGGCAAGCGCUCGUCGGGCGCAAAUGAGACCCUCCCCGAUGCAGGUGUAUCCGUUUCCCAAUCCGAAUCCGCUCCCGAGAUGCAGAUGCCCCAGAUAGACGAGGGCGCCUUCGCUGGCCUCCGACAGAAGAUCGAGCAACGAUUGAAGGACCAGAGCUCUGGCAAGGGAAAUUCGAAGAAAAAUGACAAGCUGAAUGCUUCUGCUCAGCAGUCUCCCGCGACGAAGGAAAAGCAGGGUACUCCCAAGACCGGCAAGAGGCAAGAAGCCUCCGCUCAAGGCAAGAAGCGUGAUCGCAACGGGGAAGUGAUUGCGAGAGAUGAGAAGAAGGGUGGAAAGGACAAGCAGUACAAGCCCACAGCUGGUGCGAAGAAGGCCAACAAUGCCGAUACUUUGCGCCAGGAGAUUUUGGCACUGGGCGGUACUGAGGAGGACCUUGAGCUACUUGCCGAUGUCGACUCAGAGUCCGAAGUUGAAGGCACGUAUUCUAAGUCUAAGUCUAAGGGUGGUGACGAUGACCUCCGCAAGGAAUUGUCCAAGAUGCUCGAAGCGGCGGGUCAUGUUGUCCCAGACGACUUAGCAGAAGACGAAGCCGAGGAAGAGGACUUGGAGGAUGAAGAUGCACAAGACGAAGGCUCUGAGGGCGAUAGUGAAGAGACCAGCGAACCCGAGGACGAUGUUUCUGAGGUCUCCGAUAUCGAGGAAGCACCUCCAGCACCCAGAGAGUCCAAGGCGAAGAAGGAGCCCGAAAUUGUCGUUCCCAAGGAAUUUGCGAAGCUCGCCGUUUUACCUCGUUCGGAUUGGUAUGCCAUUCCCUUGCCUCCAGUCGGCAGUGCAAAGCAAAUGAACGCCCUUCCCCGGCAUCUAAUCGAUCGGAUCCACGAGCUCGCCAAUUCCCUCCUCCAGGCGGAAAAUGAUGAAUAUGCCAAAGCCCAGCAGGCCUCGGCCUCUUCGUCGCACAAGUUCUACACUACCAUCAUGUCUUCCGGUACCCUGAGCGAUAAGAUUUCAGCUCUAACUCUUGCCGCUCAAGAGUCGCCUCUACACAACACCAAGUCUCUGGAGACUCUCAUCGGACUUGGAGGCAAGCGUAGCCGUGCUCAAGCGGUUGAGGUUCUUCGGUCUCUGAAGGAUAUGUUUGCCCAAGGUACUCUCUUACCCGCAGAUCGUCGCCUGAAGUCAUUUGCCAACCAGCCUGGCCUUGUGGCUGCAUUCCAGGGUGCUGGUGGCCGAUGGACCGAGCGCGAUCCGCUCCCUGGGGGUCUGCAGAAGAGCCACCUGAUCGUCUGGGCGUUUGAGGAUUUCCUGAAGGAGCAGUAUUUUGCGAUCCUCAAGAUCUUGGAGGUGUGGUGCAAUGACGAGAUUGAAUUCUCGCGAUCUCGCGCUGUCAGCUACGUAUACGAGUUGCUCAAGGAGAAGCCCGAGCAAGAGGCAAACUUGCUGCGCCUUCUUGUGAAUAAGCUUGGUGACCCCGGAAAGAAGAUCGCUUCACGUGCAUCUUAUCUUCUCUUGCAGCUUGAGCAGACGCAUCCUAUGAUGAAGCCUCUUAUCAUCAAGGGUGUUGAGGAGUUGCUAUUCCGACCUGGUCAGAGCCAGCAUGCCAAGUACUACGCUAUCAUCACUCUGAACCAGACGGUCCUCAGCUUGAAGGAGGCGGAGGUUGCUAUGCAGCUCCUGGACAUCUACUUCGGCAUGUUCGUCACUCUUCUGAAGCCUGCCCCUUCCGGUAAGCCUGGUCCUCAAGGCAAGCCGCAGGGUAAGCCCGGCAAGAAGGGACCCAGGAGCAAGGGCCGCAACCAGCCCGCCAAGGGAGAAGCCCAGGAUGAUGAGAUGCGCGAGAAGUUGACCUCGGGUGUUUUGACCGGCGUCAACCGCGCCUAUCCCUUCACCGAUGCCGACUCUGACCGACUCUCAAAACAUAUUGAUACCCUAUUCCGCAUCACCCACUCGUCAAACUUCAACACCAGUAUUCAGGCUCUCAUGCUGAUCCAGCAACUCACUGGGUCUACGCAAGUUGCUAGCGAUCGCUUCUACCGGACGUUGUACGAAUCUCUUCUGGAUCCUCGUGUUGCCACCUCAUCAAAGCAGUCGCUUUACCUGAACCUUUUGUUCAAGGCACUCAAAAAUGAUCUGAACGUCCGUCGAGUCAAGGCCUUUGUCAAGCGUAUUGUUCAGGUCCUUGGAAUGCACCAGCCUGCGUUCAUCUGUGGUGUCUUCUACCUGAUUCGCGAGUUGGAGAAGACUUUUACUGGCCUCCAGUCUUUGUUGGACCAGCCCGAGGACAACGAGAGCGAUGGCGAAGAGGUCUUCCGCGACGUACCCGAUGAGGAUGAUGAAGAGCCACUACCCGCCCCUGUUGAGACCAAACUGAAGCAAAACAACGGGUAUGACCCUCGCAAGCGUGAUCCGGAGCACAGCAAUGCCGACAAGACCUGUCUCUGGGAAUUGCUUCCCUACGUAUCCCACUUCCAUCCCUCUGUUUCCGUCAAUGCUUCCCGCCUUUUGGAGCACGAGACUAUGAGCGGCAAGCCCGAUAUGACCAUUCACACUCUCACCCACUUCCUUGAUCGCUUCGUCUACCGUACUCCCAAGGCCAACGCCACCUCCCGUGGUGCCUCGAUCAUGCAGCCUCUCGCCGGUGGCGAGGCUCAAGAUCGCCUGGUGGAAGCCGGCAAGUCCGCGCCUCAGGGCCAGCCUCUCAACUCGGAGAACUUCUGGAAGAAGAAGGCCGACGAGGUCGCAGCGGAGGAUGUCUUCUUCCACGAGUACUUCAACCGUGUUAACAAGGACAAGACCAAGGCCAAGAAGGGCAAGGGUGCAGAUGACGGCGCCGAGCGCGAUGAGGAUGCCGCGGAUGUCAGCGACAACGAGUCUGAGAUUUGGAAGGCCCUUGUGGACUCUCGGCCCGAACUGGAGGCUGACGAUGAUGACGAUGAUGAUCUGGAUAUGGACGACCUGGACUCUGAGUUCGACGAGGACGAGGACGAGGAUGAGGAUGAAGAGGGCGAGGGAGCUGCCGGUAGCGACGACGAGGUUAUCUUCAACGACGAGUCGGACGUCCCAUCUGACGAGGAUAUGGAUGAGGCUGACGACUUCGAUAUGGACGAGGAAAUCGCUCCUCUGCCGUCGAAGAAGGCUGCCAAGAAGACUGCCAAGGUGGAGAAGGAAGACGACGAGGACGACUUCGACAUGGACGUUUCGGACGACGAAGCCUUCUUCAACAGCGACGACGACCUGCCUUCCGACAUGGAACUUGGUGGUGUGGAUUUGGAGCCCCAGGCCGAGGCCUCGGACAACAAGAAGAAGCGCCGCAAGCUCAAGAACCUGCCGACAUUUGCUUCUGCCGACGACUAUGCGGCAUUGCUGGCAGACGAAGACGAGGGUAUAUAG